UUCACACAGAGAGAGAGAGAGAGAGAGAGAGAGAGACGUGGACUCAAUAAUCAGCUCCCUCUUUCCUCGUCCCUCUAUCUUCGUCUUGAUAUACACUACGCAUAGGAAAAAAUCUGUGUCAAAUUUAUUCAAGGCCCAAACCCAAUUAGGUAUUCCUUGUAGCAUCUCUUUACCUUCUACCACUUUCGGCACCCCUAAAACCUCCCUCUCUCUCUCUCUCUCUCUCUCUCUCUCUCUUUCUCGUUUAUCUUUCCUUCGAUGGCUUCUCCAUCUCAAGCAAGCCUCCUUCUCCAAAAACAGCUCAAAGAUCUCUGUAAACACCCCGUCGAUGGCUUCUCGGCCGGCUUGGUUGAUGAAACCAACUUAUUCGAGUGGAGUGUCACCAUUAUGGGACCACAGGAUACUCUAUAUGAGGGAGGAUUUUUUAAUGCUAUCAUGACCUUCCCAUCUAAUUAUCCAAACAGCCCUCCGACUGUGAAGUUUACCUCAGAUAUAUGGCAUCCAAAUGUUUAUCCUGAUGGAAAAGUUUGCAUUUCGAUCCUUCAUCCUCCUGGUGAGGACCCGAAUGGCUAUGAACUUGCAAGUGAGCGGUGGACACCAGUUCAUACGGUUGAGAGCAUAGUUUUGAGCAUCAUAUCAAUGCUUUCAAGUCCUAAUGACGAGUCUCCUGCAAAUGUGGAAGCUGCAGUAAGAGAGUCGAUGAUAUUAUCUUUUUUAUUCUUUUCAGAACUGGGUUAUGAAGACUUCCCCCACCCCCACCUUCCUUUCCUCUGCCCUUUAUCCCCUUCCUGUGUUUUCUCCCCUUUUGCCCUUUAUUCAUCUUUCUAUUAGGGCCACCAAGCAUGAGCACAGCUCCUAGCAUGCAUUGCCAACAAGCGUUGGACACAAGGCUACAUGUGCCAUAAAACUUUUUAUCGCCUUUGCAUGCUUAUCGCCUUUGCACACAUGGGAACUUCGCAUGUGUAGAGAGACAAGCUUGAAGAUUAUUAGCUUCUUUUCACCUCAUUAAAAACUCAUCUUUAUGGGGGGUUUUUUUUUUGGUUGAAAACAUUGGUUGGGAUUUGUGUUCAUCUUUUCAUAAUUCAUUCAAUCCCAGACUGCACAUUAUGGGUUUUUGUGUUGAUGACGUGAAAAUCGUGGAAGUCUAGUUUGUUAUGAGAAAUUCAGUUGAAUGGGUUCUUGUUCAAGUUAACAUGAAGAUGUUCUGUGCUCAAUUGUUCUGUUUUUUAUGCCUUAUUGGUUUUUGUCCUUUGUUUUAGUUUGCCUCAAUUUGUCACCAACCCAUAUUCUUACUCCCUUUUUUCGCCUGAUUGCAGAAAGAUUGGAGAGAGAGAAGGGAGGAGUUCAGGAAGAAAGUCAGCCGCUGCGUGAGAAAGUCGCAAGAAAUGUUGUGAACUGCUGUUAUGCUGCUUUGUCCGACUUCUAUGGGGAAAAGACCGAAAGUUUUUCAUUGUGUCCAAGGAACUGGCUUUCCAUCGGACUAUUUAUGGCUCCGUGUAGAAUUCAGUGAAGUUAUCAUUCUCAAUCUAUUAUCUAUGCUCGUUUGGGGGACACAAAUUUUAGGUAUGUUAUUUGGAAAUGCAAUUGCUAGUUUGUGUGUGGUACUUUUGAGGAUUUCUUUUAUCAAUCUUUAUUUCCCUAAACUAGUUCAGUUAUGAGCACAGUUAUCCUCACAAUUUCUAAGAGUAAAGACAGGUUUGUUAGUCGAAUGGUACAAACUGUGUAUUCA